GGGCGGGCACUGAGGCGGCGCCCGGUUCCCGCCCGCAGUGAGGUGGCUGCCAGCGCUGCGGCGACGGUGCGAGAUGGCCGGCAAGAGGCUGUCGGGGACGGGCCUGGCCGCCGAAGGACGCGUCCUGCGGGCCGUGCUCUACGUUUACCACAGCAGGCUGCUCCGGCACCGGCCCUACAUGGCCCUGCAGCAGGUAGAACAGUGCUUGAAGCGCCUGUGGAAAAUGAACUUGGUGGGCUGCAUAGAAGCUCUGGCAGAACUGACUCCCAGGAAAAACACAUCCCAAACCCAUGCAGAGUGUUUCGUUCCCAGCCAGCCUAUGCUGGAAACAGUGGCUCUGAAGGUAUUGGGAGGUUGCAAGCUCAUACUACGUCUGCUGGACUGUUGCUGUAAAGCUUUUCUCUUGUCCGUUAAGCAUCUCUGCUCGGAAGAAUUCAUACUUUUAAACACCGUAGCUUCGGGGUUGUUGAGCAGGCUAUGGAUUCAGCACCGGUGUGUGUUGCAGAAGCUCAUGUCCUUGUACAGCACGUUGUCCACAGCACUUCGUCUGGUGUCUGAGACCCAACAGAUGCCUUACAUCAAGGGGUUUACCUUCCCUGCUGAUAUCAGCAACUUUCUCGGAGUUAACAUUUCUUCUGAGGUGAAGAAGCAAAAGGCUAGAAUGCUUACAACAAAAAAAUCUACCAGAUGGCUGAAGCAGCUCAUCCCGGCCAUGUCAGAGGCUGGAAAAAAGAGAAACACUGCGACCUGCAUGAGUGCUGUGAAAAACAGUAGUGGCCCGUGCCCCGUGGACAUCGGAGAGCCAGUUCUGGUGGCCAGAGCCAGCAGAGGAAAGCACCUGGGACUUGAUGUGAAGACCUUGCUUAGACCAUCCAGACCUUCAACACAAGAGGGUAUAAGCCUUGCAUCAACACCUCUUAAAGCAAAGUUGGCAUCACUUUCCUCUCGUAUAGCAAAAUCAGAACAUACUGGAUCUCUCAUACAGAUGGUCCAAACAGCUGCAUCGUUUGGGGAACUCUCAGAGGCACUCAGAAAAGCCAUUCUGUGGUGCAAAGGCAACAAAUUCAAAUCAGAAGCUUAUUUUCUGCGUAACAAGUUGUUGAAAAGCAACCGGCUGCACCACGUGGAGGCUCAAGGAUGCAGCUUGAAGAAAAAACUGUGCUGUGUCAAAACAUCUGUCCGUAAAUACCUCCUGUAUGGGUCACAAAACACUUACUGGCCAAAGCAGUCCCUGAGGGCACGGUUCUGUCCAAGGAGGAUCAAAUCAUCCCUGCGUUUGAAGAGAGCUCUUCGGCAAAAACCUUCUGAGCUUUCUGGGGUCUGUGGGAACAGCACAUCGCUCACCCUCCCAGCUCACCAGGGUGGGCCUCCAGGUGGGGAAGGACGUUCCAGUGCUGGUAGAGGCUGUGUCAUACUAAGCACAGCAGAGACCCCAAAGCGGCUGCUGCUGGAAGGAAGCCCUGGCCCUGCAUGGAAAGAAGCUACUGAGGAGAUGGAUAUUGAUUCUAUUUUUGCAGCAAUGGGUGUCUGACCCUGGACUUGCAAGGAGGAAAGGGGUCAAGUCAUUCAAUUUUUUUUUUUAUUUAUUUUUUUUUAAAUAAAGCCCUCAGAACCUGAAUGGUGUCUUGGUAACUCAUACCCUGAAUUCUGCUAAUAAAGUACCAACCAUUUUAUUAUACUUUUAUAAAACAGCUUGCUUUUUGUUCACAGAAGGGUGUUCCAAACAGCUGAAUAGUUUUCAUUCUUUUACUUAGCCUUGUCCAGGAACAGUGACUUUAAGUUACCAUUACUCAGUGUCUCUUCUCUACUGCUUGCCCACAAGUGCUACUGUGAAAAAUAGUUACCAUCCAUGGUGUAAGGCUGCAGCUGAUGGCUCACUGCUGCUGUGGCUGGAUGCCAGGUGUCCACUAAAGCUGCUCUAUCACUCCCCUCCUCAACUGGACAGGGGAGA